CCGAGCUAUCCAUCCCUCCUCCUCCUCCUCCUCCUCCUCCUCCUCCUCCUCCUCCUCCGCCACUACCACCACUAUACAGCCAACUCGUUGCUGCCCACUCACAACAACAAUAUCGUAGACGACGACGAAGACAACCGAGCUCAGGCCCUGCCUACCUUACACUACAAUCUCCCCCCCUUCAACCUUCCAACUUCUUUGUUGACCGGCCCCUGCGAACCCCGCACCUGAACCCGUCCCAACGUUUCCUAUGAGCGCAACUACAGUGACAGUCAACGAGCUCGCCGAGCGGCGGACUACGUACCACGAGGCCGAUGUCGUGGUCGUAGGUGCCGGCGUCUUCGGGUGCGCCGUCGCGUACGCCAUGGCCGAGCAGGGGAGGAGUGUGAUACUGUUGGAGAGGUGGAUGAAGGAGCCGAACCGUAUCGUCGGUGAACUGAUGCAGCCCGGCGGCGUCAACUCGCUGAGGAAGCUCGGUCUCGGACACUGCAUCGAAGAUAUCGACUCCGUGCCGUGUAACGGGUUCAACGUCUUCUUCCACGGCCAGAACGUCCGGAUGCCAUACCCGAGGAUACCCGGCCUCCUAGGGCCAGAUGGGAAAGAGAUAGAACCGGUAAAGAGCUCUGACCAGCAGAAGGCGGAGCUCCCCAGACCCGAAGGCCGGAGUUUCCACCACGGCCGUUUCAUCACGAAGCUGCGGCAGGCCUGCCUCAAGCACCCCAACAUCAGCGUGUUCGAGACCGAGGUCAUAAACACGGUCAAGGGCGAGCACAACCCCGAGAUCCUGGGCGUGGAGACGCGCACGACCGACGCCUCCACGGGCGAGAAGAAGCCGGACUGCUUCUUCGGGCAGCUCACCAUCGUCGCGGACGGGUACGCCUCGCGGUUCCGGAAGCAGUACAUCAAGCAGGCGCCGGUGGUGCGGAGCAAGUUCUACGCCCUCGAGCUCCUCGACUGCGAGCUGCCGAGCCCGCACCACGGGCACGUCAUCAUCGGGGCGCCGAGCCCGGUCCUGCUGUACCAGAUCGGCACGCGCGAGACGCGGGCGCUCGUCGACGUGCCCGAGAAGCUGCCGGAGGCGUCGACGGCGAACGGCGGCGUGCGCGGCUACAUGGCCAAGGUGGUGCUGCCGGCGCUGCCGGCGUCGGUGCGGCCGUCGUUCCGCGCCGCGCUCGAGCGCGACAGCAAGAUCCCGCAGAGCAUGCCCAACAGCUGGCUGCCGCCGUCGAAGCAGGCGGUGCCGGGGCUCAUCAUCGUCGGCGACGCGAUGAACAUGCGGCACCCGCUGACGGGCGGCGGCAUGACGGUCGCGCUCAACGACGUGGUGCUGCUGCGCGAGCUGCUGGCGCCGGAGCGGGUCCCGCACCUGGCGGACACGGCGGCGGUGGCGCGGGCGAUGGCCACGUUCCAUUGGCGGCGCAAGCGGCUCACGUCCAUCAUCAACGUGCUCGCCAUGGCGCUCUACAGCCUGUUCGCGGCGCAGAGCCCGGAGCUGGCGAAGCUGCAGCGCGGCUGCUUCGCGUACUUCGAGCGCGGCGUCGUGCAGCAGCCGAUGGGCAUGCUGGGCGGGCUCAUCCCCGACCCGCUCGUGCUCGCCUACCACUUCUUCUCGGUCGCCUUCCUCGCCAUCUGGCUCGACUGGCGCGCCGUCGGCCUCUGGAAGCUGCCCCUGCUGCUGUGGAACGCCUUCUGGAUCCUCUGGACCGCGAGCCACGUCUUCCUCCCCGUCAUGUACCGCGAGCUGCUCGUGUAGCGGACCCCCUCUCCCUCUCCUUCUCCCUCCCUCUCUCUCUCUCUCUCUCUCUUUCUCCUAUCUAACCACGUAUACCCGGGCGUGUACGGCGUAUAAUGUUGGGGGAAGGGAGAGAAGUCAGCAAACGUUUGGUUUGCGAGAGCGGUGUAAUAGGACUAGAUGCCAGAGCAGAAAACAGCCAUGUCUUUCCACUGUCUCUGGUCCGCUCAACCCCCACCCUGCUUGCCCACCUGACUGUUUUCUCGCUGCGUGUCUUACACGGCGACGACGUGGCUCGAGCC